AUGUCGUACAGUCAUAUUUUACCAUACUUGUUACAAGGAUCAUUGGUACAAUUAAGGGAGUUAGGGCCACCCCCAACGGUCCUUCCUCCCAAUUAUGAUGCCAACGCCCGAUGCGAGUUCCAUCCAAGCGCUCCCGACCAUUCCAUCGAGAACUAUAAAGCCUUAAAGUAUAAGGUGCAAGAUCUGAUCAAUUCUAAGGCAAUUACAUUUGCGUCUAAUGGCCCAAAUGUAAACAAUAAUUUGAUGCCUCCUCAUAACAAGUCAACCAUAAAUAUGGUAGAAUUUGAUAAUAGAAGAAGAUUUUUGUCUUGUGUGGACGAGUUAAAAACAACACUCAUUGAAAUAAAGAACAUCUUGAUGAAGAACAAUGCCUUUCCUGUUUGUAGUACAACUUGUGAACAUUGCCUGAUUAACCCGCAACAAUGUGAAGCUUUAAAGUCCGUCGUACAGAAGUUAAUGUACCAAGGGAUCUUGGUGAUAUAUCGUCCAUCCAUAAUUGAAGAAGUGUCCACCUUAGAAAUUACGUACAAUCAAGUCCAGCCUUUGCUCAUCCCCUAUGAUUUAUCUCAAAUGACCAUCUCUUCAAGCCCCAUUGUUCCUAUGGUGAUAAUAGUACCAACAACAUUCCCCUUCAAUGACAUGAAAGCAGUUCCAUGGGUAUACGACUUAGCAAUUUAUAUCCAUGGACAAAGAAUGAAAAAAGAACCAACAAUAUCUGCCGAGCCAAUAGAAAAUAUGACUGGUAUCGGUGGGGUAACGAGAAGUGGGAGGAUCUUUGCACCCAUGCCUCCAAUGACUGACAAUGGCGGCCUUUCUAGCCAGGAAAAAGGAACACAGAUGAAAAAUGCCCAACAAAGGCAAGAUUCUCUACCUACUAAUGAGUUAGAUGAAUUCGUGUGCAUCAUUAAGAGGAGUGACUAUACGGUGGUUGACCAACUCGACCAAACCCUGUCCAAAACCUCAAUGUUGUCUUUGCUCAUGUGCUCCGAGGCACAUUGUGACGCUUUGGUCAAGUUCCUGAAAGCCUCCCACGUAUUGCAAGAACUUUCCGUUUGCCAAUUUGAGGGAGUUGCCAACAAUAGAGAUACCAACAUGAGUCUAGGUUUCAAUGAUGAAGAACUCCCCACCGAAGAAAGGAACCAUAAAAAGACCUUACACAUUUCCAUUGAAUGUGUAGACACUAUUUUGUCAAGGGUCUUAGGGGAUACCGACUCAUCCCUCAAUGUGAUUCCUAAGAGUUCUCUUUCCAAAUUAACUAUUGAAGGACUCGAAAUGAAACCCAAUGAACUUGUGGCAAGAGCGUUCGAUGGAUCAAGACGGACAGUAAUUGGUGAAGUGGAUCUCCCCAUCAAAAUUGGCCCCCUUACUUUUUUCAUCACUUUCUUCAUGAUGGAUAUCUAUCCAGCCUACAAUUGUUUGCUUGGACGGACAUGGAUACAUUCAACCGGAGCUAUUACUUCAACAGUCCAUCAAAGGUUGAAGUUUUUGGUCAACAACAAGCUAGUGGUUAUGGAGGGUGAAGAAGACAUUAUGGCCAGUCAUCUAGCAUCGUUCUGGUAUGUGGAAGGAGAAUGA